AUCCCAUCCCAGUUUAAAAAGUUCCCCUUUUCUCCUCAACCAGUUGUUCGGGGAAGAAGCAAAGGCCAUACCACCCUUCACCAUCCUGGCUCUCAGCAACAAUGUCACCAAAAAUACCCGUCUACCUGCUCAAGACAAAGUCUUCUGCUGGCGACCAUUACGAGGAAAAGUUCUCGACCCCUGACAGCAAUGGCUCCAAAUAUGAUCCCGAGUUCGUCCCUGUGCUUGAGCACCAAUUCGACGACCAGGGCAUGGCCAAAGUGCGCGGAAUCCUCAAGAACAAGCAAAUAGGAAGGACUGAGGGCAAACAAUACGGUGGCAUGAUUUUCACUUCCCAGCGGGCUGUCGAGGCUUUCACUAAGCUUGUCGAGGAAGGGAGAGGUGAAGAUAACUGGCCGUUUCUCCAGGACAUUCCCGUCUACAGUGUCGGCCCAGCCACAACCCGAGCUCUGAAGGCUGUUCCUCAGGUUCCAGCUUUGCAGGUUUUCGGAGAGCAUACGGGCAAUGGCGAGACUUUAGCGCCGUAUAUUCUUGACCACUACCGGGCGUGGUAUAAGGAUCGGGAGUCCGUGCCUGCUUUGCUGUUUCUUGUCGGGGACAAAAGGCGGGAUACUAUCCCCAAGGUUUUGAAUGGGGCCGGGUGGCAAUUGGACGAGGUGGUGAUCUAUGGCACGGGAGAGAUGAAGUCGUUCAGGGACGACUUGUCACAGCGUCUCCAGACUACGGCUGACCGGCCACGGAGAUGGGUUGUUGUCUUCUCCCCUAGUGGGUGUGACAGCAUGCUCAGCGCAUUGGACCUCCUGGACGAGAGCAGUGGCAAGGCGAAACCGAAGGAGCCAAACCGAAGCACGUAUAUUGCUACCAUUGGACCGACCACCCGGGAUCAUCUGAUUCACAGCUUUGGGUACGAACCAGAAGUGUCGGCGGAACAGCCCAGUCCUGAAGGAGUAUGGAAUGCCAUCACUGGCUAUAGGACUCUAGAGUAGGACUACAACCAACCAUAAUUCAUAUAUUGAAAAUCUAUCUGAAUUCACGUGAGAG